AUGAAUACAGAGGAGUUUCGACAGCACGGCAAACAGAUGAUCGACUACAUCUGUGAUUACGGGCAGACGAUCGACACACGAGACGUCGCUCCGACAGUAGAUCCUGGAUUUCUGCGCAAAUUGCUUCCAGACGAAGCACCACAGAAAGGCGAGGACUUCAAGCGAAUGCUGGAUGACGUCGAGACAAAGAUCAUGCCCAACAUGGUGCACUGGAACCAUCCACGCUUUUUCGCCUAUUUUCCAGCCGGCAACUCGUAUCCUUCCAUCCUCGGUGACAUGCUGAGCAGCGCAAUCGGGUCAAUUGGCUUCUCGUGGGCCUCGAGUCCGGCCGCAACCGAGCUGGAGACGAUCGUCCUAGACUGGUACGCAAAGGCGCUCGAUCUGCCGUGCUUUUUCCGCAGCGAUGCCAAAAAUUCGCGAGGCGGUGGUGUGCUGCAAGGAUCGGCAUCUGAAUGCGCGCUCGUCUGCAUGAUGGCAGCACGAGCCCGCGCCAUCAAGGAGCUCAAGGGAAACCACGUCGAUGUACACGACAGUGUCUACCUGCCACAGCUCGUCGCGUACGCCUCCAAAGAAGCGCACUCGUCGAUCGAGAAGGCGGCCAAGAUGGCGAUCGUGAAGCUGCGCGCUCUCGACACCGAUAGCCGAGGCGUUUUUCGGGGAGACACACUGCGACAAGCGAUCCAGGAGGAUCUCGCCCAGGGUCUGACACCGUUUUUCGUUGUCGCAACCGUCGGUACGACAUCCGCCUGUGUGUUUGAUCAUCUGGUCGAGAUCGGACAGGUUUGCCGGGAAGUGCGCAGCAUUUGGUUCCACGUCGACGGUGCGUACGCCGGCAAUUCGUUCAUCCUGCCCGAAAUGCGCCGCUUCAAGGAGGGUCUCGAGUACGCCGAUUCGUUCAACACCAACCCAAACAAGCUGCUGCUGACGAACUUCGACUGCUCCGCCAUGUGGGUAAAGGAUGUGAAAUUGCUCACGACGGCGCUGGCUGUGGAUCCGCUUUAUCUGCAACACGAUCACAGUAGUGCGAUCGACUACAGGCACUAUGGUAUUCCGCUGAGCAGGCGCUUCCGGGCGCUUAAAUUGUGGUUCGUGUUCCGGUCGUACGGCAUCGUCGGGCUGCAAAAGUACAUCCGGAAUCAUAUCGCACUCGCCAAGCGAUUUGAGGCGCUCGUCAACGCUGACGAUCGAUUCGAAGUCCGAAACGACGUCAACCUGGGACUUGUUUGCUUCCGGCUAAAACAACAGGAUCGUAUCAAUCGGGAUCUGUUGGCAAGGAUCAACCAGUCGGGAAAAUUCCACAUGACCCCAGCGAUGGUGCGAGGCAAAUACAUAAUUCGGUUCUGCGUUACGUACGAACACGCCACCGAAGAGCACAUAGAUUACGCAUGGGAGGAAAUUAAAGGUUACGCCGAAGAGACGCUGGUCGCCGAGUGUCCUGAGGAAAUUACGGAACCCACUCCGACAACCAAGAAACCAGCCCCGAAGAAGCUCACCCGAAGCAUGUCUACCCGGUUCUCGUUCACGCGCAGCGUUUCACGGGAAAUCUUCGAACGACAGAACAGCCGCUCACAACUCACGGACGGAUGCACGCCGAUUGUCAUCAUCGACACGGACGAUAUUUUGGAGAGUCUGCAGCGUGCCUCGAGGAUGAACGGCGAACGAAGUUCAAACGAUACGUACGAUACCGACAGCACAGACGAGGCCAGCAAUUGACUAAGCCGGGCCAACUCCUGCAUUUCCCGCGUGUCUCCGUUUUCUGGCGCAUCCUCGCCAGCCUCGUCGUCCGCUGACGAACUGCCGUCAACAGAAGCGACAGAGAGGGAUACUGGUGGGUCACCAACGGUUCCCUACGCCACGGAGAACGGGUUUGAUCACCCACAGUACCGGCAAGAGCGAGAGCAACCAGGGCAAUCGGAACCCCGACCAGCCAAAUCGAAAAGUUGCUCGAAUAUUAAAAAGUUGUGAUACGCCCGCCGGUCAGCUGGCUUGAACGAGAUGUACGCCAAUCUUUUACAAAGUAUUUACCAUUUGCCGGUAUUAUCCGAUACGCUGGUACGCAGCCUACCGUACCGACUGAAGAAAGUAUUAUUUAUUUAUACAGACGCUAGCUAGCGUAGAUCGUAAAGUAUUAGGAUAUAAGCUGAUUUCCUUCACACCAUGACGACAUCAUAAUAACCAGUGCCACUAUUUCGAAAUGUAACCAGUGCCACCACCGCCUGGGAGGGCACGAUUUAUUUAGCAAUUUAAGCAUCUGUUGUAGAAUAGUUCGGUGUAACUUAAACACCUACAAUAAAUUCCUACGUGUCUAAUAAAUUUGAGCUUA